AUGCGUAUGACUAAACGAUUUAGUAGGUCGAUCUUGCCUUUCACUAAGGCCAAGGACGAUCUGGCCACAGUGGACCCAGUGGACCUGAGUUCCCUGCAACAAGCCGUCGUCAGCCAGGGCUCCCUACUGGGUCUGCAUGAUCGACUUCUCCGGGAUGUCAUGGAGAACUUCCGUUCACUGUCUCCUAAUGUUACGAAGAUCGGUGACCAGGUGGACUGUGGCUCACGCCGUGUAGCUGAAUAUUCCGUGGAGUUCCGGACGUUAGCAGCCGGAUCGGGAUGGAAUGACGAGGCACUCCAAGGUGUAUUUCGGAAUGGUCUCAGCGACAUGGUGAAAGAUGAGUUAGCGGCAAGCGAUGACACAGACAGCCUGGAUUCCUUGAUCUCCCUAGCCACCAGCCGCAAGAUCUGGAAGGAUGCUCGCGCGGCCCUGCUCCGCUCAGCUGACCGCAACCGGAGGAUUGCCGAACACCAUCGAAUUCCUGCACCAAAUUAUUGGCCUGGGCAGAAGGUUUGGCUCUUGUCAAAAGAUAUCCCCCUCAAGAAUGAACCCAAGAAACUCGCCCCUUGCUAUCUGGGACCAUUUGAGAUUGAGAGUGUCAUCAACCCCUCGGUGAGAGAAACGCCUCCUAAGCUUGAAAAAUUACCGAACGUUCAUCAGCGGUUAAAGUCUGAGAUUAGCAGCAGCGGGGAGAGGACACAGCGCUGCGAAAGCGGAGAGAGACGCGCAAAUAAAAUAGAGAUCGGGCAGAACACGAGUCCGUGGACAGUCACUUUGGCUCCGAUGAGUAGUUUCACCUUCUCCUGCCUGGGAAUCCUCGCCUUCCUGCUGCAGGUUUGCAGUGGCGAAGGAUCACAGCGAUGCGAGGGGUUCGAUAAAGACUCCUACGUUUUCGAGGUGGAGUCUCUGGCGGUGGGUCAAGUACUUGGCAGAGUUCACUUCAACUGCAAUGAACAGAAUGGCCUGGAAUUCCAAACGGAUGAUCCCUCUUUCCAAGUGGAAUCUGAUGGAAGGGUUCUUGUUAGUGACGUUCCAUCAACAAACCAAACCAGCUUUAUCAUCAUUGCAUUUAGCAAGGCAGAAGAUACAUGGAAAACAGCUGUUACUGUCCUAAUAAAUGGUAACAAGCUACAGGUGAAAGGUUCUGCAGAGGACAAGUCAGAUGUGCCAGUGUUCAUGUGGCCUUCACGGUUUUCUCAUUCUGCGUUGAGACGAAGGAAGCGAGAUCGGGUGAUCCCAGUUAUCAAGCAUCCAGAAAAUGACCGAGGCCCAUUCCCGAAGUUCCUUGUACAGAUCAAGUCCGAUCGGCAAAAAGAAACAAAAGUAUUUUACACUAUAACAGGCCCAGGAGCUGAUCAGUCACCUGUCGGCAUUUUUUCUGUAAAUAGUAACGACGGUAAAAUUUCUGUGCAUAAACCUUUAGACAGAGAAGAAAGAGACAAAUACAAACUGUUAGCUCAUGAACUAGAUGAAAAUGGGGUUCAACUUGAAGAUGCAGUGGAUGUUGUCAUCGAAGUCAUUGAUAUGAAUGAUAAUAAGCCACAAUUUGUUGCUCCAACUUUCUAUGGCAGGGUGGUAGAAGGAGCUGCACCAGGUACUGCAUUCAUGAAUGUGACAGCCACAGAUGCAGAUGAGAAAGACAAUUCUAAUUCUAUAAUCAGAUACUCCAUUGAAAGUCAAGAUCCAGCCGGUCCUAAUUCACAGAUGUUUACAAUUAGUUCAACAAGUGGACUGAUCAGUGUGCUGCAUGCAGGUCUGGAUCGGGAGAAAGUGGAUAAAUACACGCUUAUUAUUCAGGCAGCAGAUAUGGAAGGUAAAGGAUUGACGACCACUGCCACAGCAAUAAUCACAGUCACCGACGCAAAUGAUAAUGCCCCAAAAUUUGUGACUUCAUCGAUUACUGUCGAAGUCCCUGAAAAUGAAGUGGAUUAUGAUGUGUCAAGACACCCUGUAACUGAUGAUGACCUGCCUCAUACACCGGCCUGGAAAGCAAAUUUCAGUAUAACCUUUGGAAAUGAGAGAAAUCAGUUCACAAUGAUUACUGACCCACAGAAUAAUGGAGUUCUUAAAAUUGUGAAGCCUUUGGACUUUGAGAGGAGCACACGGCAUGUGGUGAUAAUUGAAGUAAGGAAUGAGAUACCUUUCGUUGUUACCAUGCCACUGUCUUCAGCUACAGUAACCAUCAACGUGCUUGAUGUCAACGAAGCUCCAGAAGACCAACAAGCAGCCUGAGAAUCUACCAGUUGGGAGUACAGUAACUACAUAACCUGAAGACUGUUGACAAUGAUCCCAUUGCUCUCCCCCCCCCCCGCCCCCAUGUCUCGCUCUUGGUGUUUGAUUAUGAAGGUGGUGGUUCAAAGGCAGAAUCUUUAAGUUCAGUGAAUUCAUCCAACAACUCUGAUGCAGUCCAGGACAAUAACCACUUGAACGAACAGGGCCCACACUUCCGGAAACUUGCUGAAAUGUACGGUGGUGGUGAGGAUUGAGGAAUUAAAAAUAAACAGAGAUUUUAGAGACUUGUAUUUUUAACCACCUAGUGAUGCAAAAUAUGAUUGUCAAACAGAGUUAAUGGCAGAAUUUGGUGACAAGGUGAAUUGAAAUUACUUUCUAGUUGAUUUCUGCAUUUGAACUUGAGAAGUUAUUAAAUUGUUAGGAUGAUAAAUAAGCUUUUCCUGAACAAAUUGCAAUAAAUUACUGCUCAGAGCUUUAUUUUCACUUAUCCAUGACCCUUCUCAUUCUAUCCUGCACUUCCCAAAAUGCCAUGAAUUCACACCUGAACUGUUGAAUACAUGCAAAAACUUGGUUAGGAAAAUGAAUAGACUUGCAUCAUAACAGCAAUACAAACAUUUGGCACUUUCUGUGCUCCUUCCAUUUCUCUUCCACUCACAUGUCUGGGCAAAUUGGAUUUGGGCUCGUGUACCUGCAGUUGUCACUGUGUGUGAAAUGUGCUGUCUGGCUGACAACGUUCAUGAAAGAGCUUAAUAUCAUAGUUUAGCACUGUCUUAAGUUACAAAAGGCUUUUCCCUGCUGCAACAUUUUAUAAUUGCUGACUUGUCUUUAGUUGAACAUAAAAUGUCCGAUUUCAUUUGAAUUGCAGACAUUUAGAUAAUAUGGAAUGAAGGCUAGUUGCACUUUCCUGGUGAUGGGGUUGAGUCAAUAAUGGCAGUCUUUCUACAAUUUCCAUUUUUAAGAUUCGGUAACCAAAGCAGGUGGCUAUCUUUGUGAAUUUAAAGUUGCUUGUAAGUUGUCUAAUUCUGAUUCUUUAAUAUUAGUUUCCCGUUCGGCUGUUUGAAUUUAAUUGAACUUUCACUAUUCAAGUGUAUACGCCUGAAUAAAUGAUUUUAGCAAUAAUGUUUACCUCUGAUCCUGGAGAGUCUGA